AUGGGGCGCAUCAAGAAGGCCGCGGGCCCAAAACAUGAGGCUACAGUAUCCCCAGCUAUUGCCGAAUUUGUCGUCGUAGCGGCCACCCUCCCGAUCACAAAUCUACCUAAUCACCUCGACUCUUUCCCGAAGAGGUGGCCACUGCCAAGAGGGGAUCUAUACCACUGGAUACCGCUUCUGAAUCGGUUCGAUCACAUUCUCGAAGAUUUCAAUCGUGAAUAUGAGCUUGAUCGUGGUCCACAGACAAAGCCGUUCGGUAUCACUUUGCUUGAGCGGGGCGUUGCCGAGGAGAGCAAAGUGGCUUCUAUCAAAAGCGCAAGUUCUAAAGAGAUAGAAUCAUUGGGCUACGAGACAGAUGGCGAUAGACAUCUCGUCCAGAGCAUUCUGGAAUUCUCGCGCAUCCUGCUGGAAAAUUGUGGUAAUCGGAGUCUCUACAGCAGUAGUGAACGCCUCAGUGCUUUGCUUAACACCACAAGUUUUCCUCUGUUGACCAGCGUCCUACAGCUUAUGGUCCGCCUAGCUCAACGCUACCAUGCCUCUCGGCAACGAACUUCUACAUCUACUCAGCACUUGAGCCAAGCUCUCUUAGCAAGCCAUUACAACAUCGAUCUUGAAAAGGUCCAGAAGAUUGCAGAGCCAUUUGUUAAGCCCCCACCCAGUCAUCAAAAGAGUUCGGCCUCUCCCGUGGGCAAGAAAGGGAAAGAAAAGGCCGAGACAAUUCGAGGUGCAAAUGCCAAUGAUUUUCUCGACCUACUAAGGCUUGAUCAAGUACAUAUGAAUGGAAAUGCGAAGAAAAUGUCGCCAAAGAAUCCUACAUUGUCUAUUGAUGCAGCGAGAUACGAAGAGUGGGGUAGUGUCGCGUUGAGCUAUUAUCGCACAUCAUCAAAGGAAGAAGUCAAGCCUGGCACUCCAACUGCGUCAAGGCGUCCUUCAAAUCUUUCCAGACCAAGCCGUCUUUCUAGCUCCGAUGAUGCAUCAGAAUUCCCGCCUUCAAUAAGUAAUGAAAUCAAGAAUGAGAAGUCGGCCGCCGCACAUGUCGAAAUAUCAACUUCCCAAAUUCAAACACAGCCGAUGGAACAUGUAUUGAAAGGAAUGCUUGUAGACUUGCCCAAAGACUCACAGUACGAGGCUUUAUCGAGGGUGCGUGUCGCGCAUGCAAUCACAAGCUCAGCAUCCACCAGGCAACAAGCGGUCGAGAUCAGGCUCCUCGCAUUAACCAAUCUCGCCUAUAUUUACCCAGAGGAAGUCUUCAAAUCUAAGAUUCUCCAACGAGACUCAGAUGAACCCCGCAACCUACAGCUGACUCAACAAAUAUGUAACCUGCUUAGCCCUCCAUCGAAUACACACGUUCAAGUCCCCACAACGACAGAGACUGUCGCUCUGGGCGCCUUGGAGGCAUUUGCCAAGAUUAAGUCAAAGGCGCCCGACGUCUGUUCCGCGUUAAGUGUAAACGUCAAUCAUGGCGUGCUGUUUCACAUAUUGCGCACAGCCGUCGCAGACAUGAGAGAUGAAGGAACAGACAUGGACAAAGAACGAGAGGAGUGGCGAGAAGCAGCUUUCGGCCUCCUGGAUAGUUUGCCGUCAUGCGCGCCGCGAACCGGAGAAGCCCUUAUCUCAGCGGGUCUCCUGAAUCUCCUAGUCGAAGUACUCGACCUACGGACAGCUAAGGCAGAACGCAGCUUCUCUAAGACGUUAACAUUCUUGAACAAUUUAGUCGGGCCUGUGCGUGACGCUUUUGAGACCCUUGCCAGUGUGAACGGCUUAGAGGCCAUCUCCAACUUAAUGGCCUAUGAAGUGGAUUCAUCCAUACAGCGUGCUCAAGUAGGCAAUGGAGUUCCUUCAAAAUAUCGAAAUCGCAUAAUUGACUAUCAGAUACCCUUCUUCAGCCAACAAACACUACGUAUGAUCUUCAAGAUAACUAGAGAAAUGAUGACAAACAACAACGGCAAUUUCAGUCGGUUGCUUCGAAAUUUUAUUGAAUCUCCAAAUCUUCUCAGCGGCCUGAGGAAGGUCAUCAGCCAUCCCACUGUUUUUGGAUCAAGUGUUUGGAGUGGUGCUGUCAACAUUAUGAGUAGCUUCAUACACAAUGAGCCUACGAGCUACGCGGUGAUCUCUGAGGCCGGCCUUAGUCGAAGCUUUCUCGAGAUUUUGAGCACGCGACCUCUCGAUUUGAGCAACGGCGGACAAUCAAAUGAAUCAAACGACAACGGUAAUGAUUCGACUGAAGCUACACCCGCGGCGGAAGAUCUUCCUGGCGCGGGGGCGGACACCGAACAGCUACUCUCUCACUUUGCUGGGAAAUUUGAUGCCGAAGAACCUACCGAAAACCGCCAUUUAGCUAAAGGAAUUCUACCUGCAGCGGAUUCCAUAAUUGCCAUUCCCCAUGCAUUUGGAGCGCUGUGCUUGAACCAUUCCGGCAUGGACCUACUGAAGAAAUCUAAUGCUCUUGACACAUUCUUCGAGGUAUUCGAGUCUCCCACACAUGUCAAGAUUAUGUCAUCAGAAGGUGAACUUGGACAAGUCCUUGGUAGUUCCUUUGAUGAGCUGGUCCGACAUCAUCCUACCCUGAAGACUCUUGUCCUAUCAUCACUACUGAAGAUGAUUACUCGCAUCAAAAAACUCUGCGUUGCCAAGGGCCAACAAUCGAAUAGUGGUGCGAAGUUAUGGCUCCAGGGUGAAGGUGGGCGUCUCGUUGCCUCUGGUGACUCUAGUGUGACUCAAAACAUCGCCGAAACAGAUGGAGACGUUAUUAUGGAUGACGGUAAUACGAACGGCGCAGAGCUACAGAAAGCACUAAGCGCAGAUACUCCUCUUCCGCUUUCUUCCCAAUAUCAACUCAACGAUAUGGGCGAUGAGAUCACUGAGACUACUAUACUGUCCUUCAUCAAUGUUGCUAUGAAGUUUCUCUCCGGGUUUGCAGAAAACAACCAAAUGUGCGCGCUGUUGGUAGACGCUGGAGCUGCAGACCUUGUGCUCGAUAUUGCCACCCUGCCAAUACUAAGGUACGACUGGAACAAUCACGAUGCGUCCAUCGAGACUAGGAGGGUUAUCCAUCUCUUUGCAGACCAGAAGGCCCACCUUGUCUUGCCUACUCUUCUCAAACGUACACAAAGCGCGGCAGAAGAUCUCAAACCCCUGUACGCCUCUGAAGAACCUCAUAAGGAAGUUACAAGCUUUUUUGCCGAAUUCACUAGCCCUGAUUCAUUUCCUUCCCACUCAACAAAAGACAGGUCUCAAGGCGCAUCAGGAACAUUAAUUGUGCAGGCACUGGUCCGCGUUCAAACCUUAUGCAACAUACUGUUCGAGAUAUUCUCUCACCUGCCAUACAACUCUCGCUCUCAUCACAUGCCCUUCAACCAAGUAAAUCUCGCGGAUUACUAUAUCGCGCUCAUCCAAAGCCUAGGGGGUCUCCACCGCGUAUGUGUAUGGGAAGAGAUACUCCUGAUGCAAAGGAUACCUGAGCCGUGGAUGAAAGCGACUACGGUAAAGGGCUAUGGAAUGGGGAGUGCAGAGGCUGAUAAGAUCUUUGGUUUCUCGGGGUCUGAUCACGGUGUGGAAAGGGAGUCUAACGCCGAAAACGGUGAAGAUACACGACCACCAGGAACUAUCCCCUCAGAAUCGCCUUCCUCGGACGCUGAAAAGCCCCUAUCGAAAGAUGAAAAGAAGACUCCGACUUUCAGAAAUGUCCGGAUCUUACGAUUCUUACUCAGCCAAGUGCCCUCCGCAAUGAUACCAUUCUUCCAGAGCCUGAGCAAAUCUUUGCUUGGGAAGCGCCGUGGACACUCUUCCGAUAUGUACACUAGACAGAACGCAUCUAUGGUAGCAGACGCGAUGUCAUCUGCAUAUAUGCAGAUGCUGUCGUAUGAUGUGCCACGCACUGCGGGCAAGCAAGAGCUCUACAAUUAUUGGAUCGUGGUCUUGUCAUCCAUGUCGCGACUGAUAAUCGAUGGUUCCUCAGAUCGUGGGCCGUCUCAUGUCUUGACUUUGCUCUUGCACUCGUUCAAGAGAGAUGGUGGGUUCGAAGUCAUCAAGGAAAUAUUGCACGCAUUCCACAAUGACGUUCAGUCAGCGCCAACUUCCUCCGAUGAGCAGAUGUCGAAAGAACACGCCACUCGCGUUUUCUCCGCUUUGCAAGGCAUUAGAGUUAUCCUCAGCUUCUUCAAACCUGUCCUGUCCUCUAAAUCAGUCGUAGAUGCUGGUCAGUCACAAGCUCUACUUUCUUUCGAUACCAGACCCGGUCAAGCCUACUACUUUAAUCCUCAUCAAUUGCUAGUAGAGCUGCGCAUGGUCGUACUUCCUGUAGUGCGUUCCCUGUGGGACUCUAACUUUGUUGAGAAAGCUCCCAGCGACAUCAUCAAAACUGUAAUUGAUACCAUGAAGAUCAUCCUCGACGCUUCAGAAGAGCACGGAACUCCGAAGCAAAUUCCAAAUGACCAAGAGAAGCCAAUCCAUAAACUUUAUGAAAUCAAUACCGAGAGACUAAGACAACUCACCGACAAGGGACUCGAAAAAGAUGUUGCGCGAGAAGGACUAUAUCGCUGUUUCAACGAUCAGCGAGCAGCUACCGCAUACUGUCAACGAUUACAAAGUAUGCCAGGGGCUUCCCGGUUGCCCAUACCUGUGUAUGACGACGACCAAACAGAAGCCCUCUUCCCAUCUCCUGAAACUUCAAGAGAGAGGCAGCUCGGUCUAUUAUCGCAGCCCGUUACGGUGGAGCCCGAGGAUCUGAUUGAUUUUGAGCGUGACAUCGAUGAAGACACUUCUGCCGCUGCCGCAGGCUUAGCUCUUUUGAGUCGGGGGGAACCCUUUCAGCCUUCGCCAAGUCCACUUGCUCAGUCAACUACUGUCGAGUCUGAAGCCAAUACUCAUCCACUGACAGCGAUACCUGCCCCCCCACCAGCCCCGGGUGUUCCAGAAAAUCACUCGGAAGUUGCUGAAAAUAUGGAAAUGAGUCUCGACAACCUACAGGAAGGUCUUCCAGAGAUACAACUUCAAGCAGCUCUUGACACCUCUCAGCAAGUUGGCACUUCAUCAAUUUCACGUCAACCCUCCAUUUCUAACAGCCAAUCUCGAUCACCUUCUCAAUCCCACAACCAGUCCUCGUCCAAAUUCGUAACGCAGGAGGAUCUCAAUAACGCUCGAAGCGAGGUCAGAAAGACUCUCGUAGAUCGCGCGCUUGAUGUCCUCAACGUACACGAAGACGUUACUUUCGAGCUUGCAGGCUUGAUUCGUGCUGCAACGUCAAAAGUAACGGAUGAAAAGGCUGUCCGGAUAGAAAUUGGGACUACUCUCGUGCAAUCCUUGAUAUCAUUUGAUCUAGAUGAGGAUAUGGCAGCGACAGGCAAGAAAAUUGCUGCUUACGCGAAUCUAUUGGCACUUGUCCUUCAGAACAAUGAGUUCUUCGAAGCCUGCUCUGCUGAACUCCGAGACAGUUUCGACGCUUUUACUGGAUUCAUCAAAGGACCUGCCAAUCAGCCUGUCAGUAUGACGACUACUCCUUGGGUAGCACAUACCCUUCUUGUCAUUGAAAGAAUACUUGCAGAAGACUCGCAGCCGCCUAAGGUCAGCUUGUCGCUAUCAGAUCCCGAAAACACACAAUUAGGAGAUGAAAUAUUCGCUGUGGAAUCUUCGCUAAUCUCCGAUGAAUCUCGGUCAGAUCUCUUCGAAGCUCUUCUGAAGCUGAUGUCGUUCACACAACGAGACGAGACUCUCGACGACGAUACCGUACGCCGCAUCAUCCGAAGUGAGAUUCGCAAUGGGUUCGAGACCCGACCAAAUAGACCGACAGAGCCGCAAGCUUAUGCGAGACAUAUGAACCAUCUUGCCAUCCGAGCGCCUCAAAUUUUUGUAGAGGUUUCCAACGAAGUCUUGGAAAUUACUGGAUAUGAUGCCUCCCAGCGCCCUCAGCAGCUCAAAUUAAAGGAAGAGCCUAAGAAAGAAACCAGCGUGGACUCCUUAGACGUCGAGGUGCCGACGACUGAGGAAGAUAAGCCCAUGGAUUCAAAUGCUGAGGCACCAGCUCAAGAGCAUGCUAUGACAGGGGAGCAUGAUCAGAACGUGGCGCCCAAAGCGAAGGCCCUGGAAAAAGUUCCAAUCGUGGAGAAUCCUAGCGGUGUCAUCUACUUCUUGGUAAAUGAGCUUCUCAGCUACAAGGAUACAGCCGACAGCUUUGGAACAACGGCUAAAUUCGACGCUCGGCUAGCCGCCAUUGAUGAUGACGGAGAAACUGUACCAGCGCCAGACUCAGAUUCAACAGCAUCCAAUGUCCAGAGUUCUACAUCCUCUACAUCGACAGAAAACAAGAAGACUGAGUACAAACCUGAGCAGCAUCCAAUCCAUACCUUCCGGUGCUUCCUUCUGCAGUGUUUGACUGAACUCUUGCAGUCCUACAAUCAAGCAAAAAUCGAAUUCCUCAACGUUCCACGUAAAUCUGAUUUGAAGGCAUCUACGCCUUCGAAGCCUCGCUCUCACGUACUUAGUUAUCUUCUCUCUCACGCAAUUCCGGUUGGAAGGCUUCAACACGAGGACUCCAUUUCGACCAAGAAAAAUGAAACAGUUUCUAAUUGGGCUAUCUCGACCAUAGUCGCUCUCUGCCUGCGAACGAACGAGUAUGGGUACGAACGGAAACAAGGGACCGUUGAAGAAGAUGAUCAGCCGGAUCUGGUGUUUGUUCGUAAAUUUGUUCUGGAACAUGCAUUGAAAGCUUACAAGGAUGCUGUCAACUCCGAUGAAGACAUCACUACUAAGUAUGGCCGGCUCCUCGACUUGGCUGAUCUCUUUCAACGUCUCAUGACCGGGCGACUCCUUGCGAAGGGCAUGUUGCCUCCGACCGGACUUGAUGUAGGUCAUCAGAAGGCCAUCGCCAAGAUUAUGUUUGAGAAAAACUUUAUUGCAGCACUCACAAAUUCAAUUGCCGACAUCAACAUUAACUUCAAGGGUGCUGAUCGUGCCAUCAAAUAUAUUCUUCGUCCACUGAAACUGCUGACGGUGACUGCCGUGGAGUUGAGCGAGACUUCAAGUAUCUCGACGACUCCUGGUACAACGGACGAAGACGAGAUUUCUAGUGCUAGCUCAGUCUCAGAGGUAGAUGAUAGCAGGGAAGAGACUCCCGACCUCUUCCGCAAUUCUACGCUUGGGAUGUUUGAACCAAAUCGUGAUAACGGAUCAGACUCUGAAGACUCAAGAAGUGAGGACGAAGAAAUGUACGACGACGAAUACGAUGAUGGCAUGGAAUAUGAUGACGGCCUUGGUGAGCCUGAUCCCGAUGAAGUGAUUAGUGAUGAGGAAGAAGAGCUUGGCGAUGUUGGGCCUAUUGAAGGAGUCGAUGGAGACCAUCCGAUGGAAGUUAUUAUUGACGACGAAGUCGAUGACGAUGACGAAGAAGCAUCCGAAGACGAAGAUGAAGACGAUCUAGAUGACUCCGAAGAUGCAGAUGAUCUCGACGGUUUGGCUGAAGUUACCGGGGAUAAUGAAAAUGCUAGCUUAAUGGAAGGCGAUGAGGAGGAAUGGCAAGAUGAAGAUGGCGAAGAUAUUGAUCCAGUAGAUGAUGAAGAUGAUGACACUCAUAGCCAUGAUCCUGACGCCGAAGAUGCAAUAAGAGACGUGGUCCACGGAAUAGGUGGCCCUGCAGCAGCGCUGCAGCGUUUAGAGGGUCUUGAUGAUAAUUUUUUGACCGAUGUGCGGGAAGGCCGAUACAUGGAUGACAUAGUCCGACAUGAGGAGGAUGAAGAGGAGGACGAUGAGGACGAUGAAGAUGCAGAGGACAUGGAGGACGAAGAGAUGGCAUACGAGCCGGAUUUUGGCAACGCAGCCGACCAUAUGCCAGACCCUGCUUGGGGAUGGGGAGAUCCAGCAGAUGAAGAACCGUUCCAUCAAGGUCAUCAUCAUCAUCAUCAUCACCACCAUCAUCGUCACCAGUACCAUCGCCCCCCAAAUCCUCGUUCUCUACCGGAUCCCUGGACGAUCUUUCCUCAUGGUAGUUCGUCACGAAGUGGCCCUUUGUCCCGGUCUCAUCGAACGACCACUGGACCUAGGCAAAACGACGACGGUACAAAUCCACUCCUACAACGUGGUGACCGAGCUUCAGGACCAUCUACACCCAGGCGAUCUGCGUUUUCAGAGGGCGGCCCACCAAUGGGUCUGAUGGAAGCCAUAUUUGGCGGGCGUGGAUCUGGUGCUCAGGGGCCCGGACAUGGUUCACUUAUUCACAAUCUUUUGAAUGCAAUUGGGCAAGCCAAUCCUGCCGUUACAGCCAUACCUGGACCGGAAGGCAAUUUGCACAUAUCGAUUGCAGCUCCCGGAGGGGGUCUCACCCCUGCGAGUAUUAACCAGGGUGUUCGAGCAAUUCUCACCGAAUCUAGACAUUCUUCACACACUUGGGACUCUCGGCGACCAGAUGUAAGACCACCAGCAGCAUUCGUUCCUCAAAACACCUCUCAACGAUGGACGGAUGAGGCCCGGAUGCUUUUCGGAACUACUGAGGUCCAGAACAAAGCGUCACGAGUAACGAAUGCUCUAUUGCGUUUAAUGAUCCCUCCAGCCAUUGAAAAGAAAAAGAAGCAAGAUGAACUGGAGAAGAGAAGACGCGAGGAGUUGGAGAAGAUUAGGGAGGAAGAGAAUAAGCUCAAGGCUGAGAUAGAGAAAAAGGAAAAAGAAGAGCGAGAAAAGAAAGAGCAGGAAGAUGCUGCGGAGGCUGCUGCUGCUGCCCAAGCUCGUGCUGAAGCCGAAGCCGAAGAAGCCGCCAAUCGACAGAGUCAAAUUGCUGAAGUAAGUGGAGAAGAUAUUGGCCACGAACAGGCGGAGGAAAUGGAGGGCGUGGAAUCAGGCUUACCACAGGAGAUUUCCGCGGCUCCGGCGGCGGAGAACGAAGCCGUCGAGCAAGCUGCGCAGGAAGCUACGACUUCAUCAGAACCUACAGAGCGACAACUUGUGACCUUCAAUGGGGCUCCACUGGAUAUCACUGGCAUGGGUAUAGACAUGACUUACUUAGAUGCUCUCCCUGAGGAUAUUCGUAACGAAGUCUUGAUGAGCGAAGUAGCUCAGCGCCGCGCGCAGAAUGCUGCAACAGGAGAGCCUCAACCUACCGAAAUUGAUAGCGAAUUUCUCAACGCUUUGCCCGACGAUAUUCGACAAGAAUUACUUCAACAGGAGAGACGAGAACGUCGUCUGCAAGAUCGUGAGGAAGCACGUCGACAGCAGCAAGGCGCUGGAGUUCAGGCUCAACCAGAAGAGAUGGACCCUGCGAGCUUUUUAGCUUCUCUCGACCCCACAUUACGACAGCAUGUCCUCAUGGAGCAAGAUGAAGAGAUGCUGUCUCACUUGCCAGCUGACAUUGCAGCCGAAGCACGAGCACUUGGUGGAGACCGGUCACUGCACCGUUUCGCAGGUGCUGCACGAAUCCCUCGACCGAGUGCAAUCGGCCGCGAACUUAGACCUCCACAGCCAACCAAAAAGCCACCACGAAGGCAGAUAGUUCAGAUGCUUGACAAAUCAGGAGUUGCAACAUUAUUAAGACUAAUGUUCAUCCAACAAGCACAAAAUUUGAAAACUGUGUUGCUUGGUAUUCUUCAUGACAUCGUCCAAAACCGUCAGCAUCGCGCGGAAGUCAUUAGUCUACUUCUUACGCUUCUACAAGACGGCAGCAUAGAUGCUAGUGCUGUAGAGCGGAGCUAUACCCAACUGUCUGUUCGUGCUAAAGAAACGAACGCCUCCAGGACUCCCCUCAAGCGAAUGCUGACUGGCUCCUCAUUGACGAACAAUACUAGUAUCUCAGAGUUGACAGUCACCCCUCUAAUGGUUAUACAGCAAUCUUUAGGCGCUUUGGCAUUCUUAACAGCACACAAUCUACACGUCCCAUCUUUCUUCUUGAGUGAGAAUGAUGCAUACUUUGCACCUAAGACAAAGGUUAGUAAGAAGGGCAAGGGUAAAGAAAAUAAAGCCUCAAAAUACCCAAUCAACGCCCUACUACGACUUCUUGAUCGUCCUCUGGUCACAGAGAAUAUGAGCUGUGUCGAACAACUUGCUGAACUCCUUCAGCGGAUAACCUAUCCACUGACGAUGCUUUUGAGGAAGGAGAAAGAGUCAACCAAAGAGGACCAGGCAGAGGAUAGGAGCCAAAAAGACAACAUACAGGAUACAGUAACGCUUGACGAUCAAAACGUGACCGCUGUUGAUACCGGCGAGAUCAACAGUGGCGAUGCGAAUGGUCCAGAGAAUCCGACCGAGUCGAUCGAUCCAAAUAGCUCGUCUCAAAUGUUAGAUGUACAAGCUACGACAACAGAAGCUCAACCUGCAGGGACCUCAGCGGACGCUGAUGCUAAAGAGGAAUCGACGACUUUGAACACAAAGGAUUCGAGCGAAUCUACAAAGCGUCCUCGAGCCCUUAAUCCUCCGAGCAUACCUGAUGAGAACCUGCAGCUUGUCGUUAACAUCAUCAUUGCUCGCGAAUGUCCCUCAGGUACCUUCAGGGCCACGUUGUCAACCAUGACCAACCUUUGUGCUCUGCCGGGCGCAAAAGAUGUAUUUGGCAAGCGGCUUGUCAGUUGCGCUCUGGAACUUGGUCAACUAGUCCUUCAUGACUUGAAUGAGCUAAUCCCGCAAAUCAAGGCUGCCGCAUCUGGUAAUGACCUAAGCGCAAUGGCACUGGCUAAAUUCUCCCCUCAAGUGUCUGAUCAGUCAAAGCUCCUCCGUGUACUCAAGGCACUGGAUUACCUGUUCGACCCUAAGCGUGAAGACAAUAAACCAAAAUCGACCGAUGAGGACAAGACUAAUAAUGAAGGUUCCGUGACUUCGAAAGCAGACCUCGUCACGACUCUCUAUGAAGAUUCUACUUUCGCGAUGCUCUGGGAGAGACUGGGAGAAUGUCUGAAAGCCAUUCGUCAAGGCACCAACAUGCUGAAUGUUGCGACCAUCUUACUGCCCCUAGUUGAAGCCCUCAUGGUCGUCUGCACGAACACUGCCGCUAAAGAGGCUGCACAGAGCAAAAUCAUGAAAGAGUUUGCCGUAUCCAGCCCCGCGCCUGAGAGUCAUUUGGAGUCGCUGUUCUUCAGAUUUACCGAAGAACAUCGUAAGAUAUUAAAUGAACUUGUCCGCCAGAACCCUAAGCUUAUGAGCGGAACAUUUCAAUUGCUCGUCAAGAAUCCUAAGGUCUUGGAGUUCGACAACAAGCGCAACUACUUCGCUCGCCGUCUACACACAAAGAGCAACGAUGCUCGCCAUCCUCAACCACCAUUACAACUCUCUGUCCGACGAAAUGAAGUCUUCCUGGACUCGUUCAAAUUCUUGUCCUUCAAGUCAGGUGACGAAAUCAAGUAUGGCAAGCUCAACAUACGAUUUCAUGGCGAAGAAGGUGUUGAUGCCGGGGGAGUCACUCGCGAAUGGUUCCAAGUCCUUUCGCGCCAGAUGUUCAAUCCCGACUAUGCUCUGUUCAUUCCUGUUGCCUCCGAUCGUACCACUUUCCAUCCCAAUAAGCUCAGCAAAAUCAACGAAGAGCAUCUGAUGUUUUUCAAAUUCAUUGGUCGCAUCAUUGGAAAGGCUCUAUAUGAGGGUCGUGCUCUUGAUUGUCAUUUCAGCAGAGCAGUCUACAAGCGCAUUCUCGGCCGGACAGUCUCCAUCAAAGACAUGGAAACCCUCGAUCUAGACUAUUAUAAGUCUUUGCUCUGGAUGCUCGAAAAUGACAUUACUGAAAUUAUCACCGAGACCAUGUCGAUUGAAACCGAUGACUUUGGCGUCACCGAGAUCGUUGAUCUUGUGCCUAAUGGUCGCAAUAUUCCUGUGACUGAAGAAAAUAAGCAAGAGUAUGUACAGCUUGUGGUUCAGCACCGUCUUGUCGGCUCCGUUGAGUCGCAGCUCGAGAAGUUCCUUGAAGGCUUCCAUGAUAUCGUACCUCCCGAGCUCAUUUCAAUCUUCAACGAACAAGAGCUUGAGCUUCUCAUCUCCGGCUUACCAGACAUUGACGUUGAUGACUGGAAAAAUCAUACAGAAUACCACAACUAUCAAGCUACCUCGCCCCAGAUCCAAUGGCUAUGGCGUGCCGUCCGUUCGUUCGAUAAAGAAGAGCGUGCGAAGCUCUUACAAUUCGUCACCGGAACAAGUAAGGUACCAUUGAACGGCUUUGGUCAGCUUGAGGGUAUGAAUGGCUUCUCGCGAUUCAAUGUGCAUCGUGACUACGGGAACAAGGAUCGUCUGCCCAGUUCCCAUACUUGCUUCAAUCAGCUCGAUUUGCCCGAGUACGAAGAUUACGAAUCCCUACGCAAACAACUAUACACAGCCAUGACGGCGGGUAGCGAAUAUUUCGGCUUUGCAUAA